CACGUCUCCAGAUGUCCUACAGAUCAAAAUAUAACGAGACGAGCUCGCCGGAGAUCGAUUUCACCUCGCCGGCGUUGGCGGUGAUGGGAGUCGAGCAGCUUUUAUUCGCCGGGAGAGCGAUCAACGGUCCUGCUAACGAGGUCUGGCCCAGACUUUAUAUAGGAGACAUGGAUUUUGCAGAAAAUCGCGCCAGGCUUGGAAGAGAAAACUUCACCCAUGUGUUGAACUGUGCUCACAGCUCCAGGCGAGGAAACGACUUUUACUCCGGAAUGGGAAUCACGUAUCUGGGCAUCGAAGCCCACGACUCUCCCGCCUAUGACAUGAGCGUCAACUUUAACACAGGAGCAGAGUUCAUUCAUAACGCGCUCCGGACAGGAGGUAAAAUCCUGGUGCACUGCCAUGUGGGCGUGAGUCGCUCGGCCUCCAUCGUGUUGGCGUAUUUGAUGCUGAAGCACAACAUGACCCUGGUGGAGGCCAUCAACACGGUGAAGAAGGGCAGAGGGAUCAUCCCCAACCGCGGUUUCCUCCGCCAGCUCAUCGACCUGCACGUCAAACUCUACGGAUACAGAUCCUGAGAUCUCUCCGACACAGGGAUGAGGAUCGGCUCUGAUAUAAACAUCUGCAUUUAAUAUUCAUUUAUAAACAGCCAUUUGAUUAUUUUUAUUUUGUUGACAGCAGAUUUUCAGACAUGCUUUUUUUUCCUCAUG